UUACUUAAAUUUGAAGUAUUUUCUAUGUCAUUCAGUUAUUUGUAUGAUAAAACAGAGAAUCUCUGUUUGCCCUUAUGUUUGAUGGGAGACUUACUUAACAUGCUUAAUUUCUCCCACUUUUUAUGCUUGAUACAGGCACUUGCUCCUGUAAUAAAAGUUUAACCUAUGAUAUAUAUCAUAAUAUUUAAUUAUACUUUUAUGUUAAAUACUAAAAUCUGAAGUUUAUAAUCUGUUCUAUUACCCACUUGGCAAUGGGUAACACAACAAAUUGUAACAUGAGUAAAUUAUGCGCAUACAAUUUCACGUCAUUCCUUAAUAAAAGCAGUAAAUUUUUCUUUAAAAUUAAGUCAUUCAGUAUAAUAAAACAAAUAGUGCCUGUCUAGGAGUGUAACAGUUGAAAUUCAUUGACACCCUUGGAAAACCAUCUUCAACUUCCGCUUCGCGUCGGUUGACAAUGGUAUUCUCGGAGUGUCAAUUUCAACUGUUAAAAAAUGUUAUAAAGCCCAACAGGCACUAUUUAUGUAAUGAUGUAUGGUGGACUUUUACAGAAACAAGUACCUGUCGCAGUUGCACACAAGUUGUUAAGGAACCGGCGAAUAUCAUUAUCUUGUUCCAAAGAUAUACAUGAUAUAGAUACAGAGACUGAUCUGAAGAAGCUAAAUGACAGAGCAGUAUCCCAGCAGUGUAAUACUCCCCUGAAGUCAGGGUCUCCCUGACGGUGAAGGGAUAUGUGUACAGUGACGGUGACUGGAGGCGCUGGGUUUCUGGGUCAGCAUGUCAUCCAGCAUCUUCAGCUGAGCGCCCCCUGGGUGACAGAAAUUAGAGUGUUUGACCUGAUUCCAUUCAGCAGAUCUCUUGAUUACACACCAAGGCUCGAUGUAAUAACUUACACGGGGAACCUAGGAGAUACUGAAUCUCUGAGAAAGGCUUUUCAUAAUGCCUCCGCUGUGCUUCACUUGGCUUCAGCAAUAGAUGCGAGAUUUCAGCCGGACAAGAAACUCCUACAGGAAGUGAAUGUGAAGGGCACAGCUAAUGUGAUAGCGGCAUGUGUGGAGGAAGGUGUGCCCAUUCUGAUCUACUGCUCGUCAAUCGGCACUGUACAGGGAUACUUUAACUGCCAGGGAGGCAGUGAAACAGAACUCAAAGAUGUCCGUCCACUUCUGUUCAGGGAUUAUGGGGGAACGAAGCGAGUGGCUGAACAGCAGGUUCUGAAGGCUGAUCAAACUCCAUUAGCAAAUGGCAGGAAAUUAAGAACGGUGUCAUUGUUACCACCAACAAUGUAUGGAGAAGGGGACAAACUGAUCGCCAUGAUGUUACAAUACGCUGAGGAUAACAAUGGCAGCUUUAUCAGAAUGGGUAAUGGAGAGAAUCUUGAGGCCUAUGCUUAUGCUGGCAAUGUUGCCUGGGGCUUUGUAUGUUGUCUGAAGACCAUGUACAACAAUCCAAGCUUUGGAAAUGAGAGAAUGUUCAUCAUGGAUGACACGCCCCCCCAGUCUAUUCAGGCCCUCAGUCGACCAUAUCUAGAGAGCAGGGGGUUCCAGAUGACCUCCUAUUAUGUGCCUCUGUCCAUCGUGUUUUUUAUCUGUUUCCUGGUAGAAACAGUUUGUCUUUUGAUUUCACCAUUUAAACGAUUUUCUUUCCCUCUCAGUUUAUCAGGAAUUAUUUUCUCCACAAGGAAAUUUUACGUGCGAUAUGAUAAGGCCAAGACCCUGAUUGGUUACGUCCCUCCUUUCUCUGUAGAGGGCGCCAGAGAGAGAUCCUUGCCCUAUUAUAAAAACGUGAAGUUGAGGAAGAAUUGAAUGGUAGACCUAUAACAUUAAGAUUUCGGAGUAGUCUACUUUUUGAUGAGGAAAAUUUUAUUGAGGGUUGAGAUUUAGUUGUUAUUUGAUUCAUAUUGUUAUAAUUUGAUUGAUAUUGAUAUUUGAAUACUCUUUUGAAUGAUUAUCAGACAUAAUAUUAGGGGAAAAAAAGAAUUAUGUUAAUGCUCCUUAACUCAUUUUUUAUAUUUCUUUAUCAAGCCCACAUUAUAUGAACAAGUGAAUUAUUUUAGUUUAGGUAAAAGGUUAUUUUGAUCGAAAUUUCUGAGAUUUUUUUCUUUUUUUUUCAUAAAAAAUACUCAAAGUACUCUCUACAUGUCAGUUUUGUAGUCCCUAAACUAUUCAAGGUCUUGAAAAAAAUUUUGUCUGAAAUUAUUAAGAACUUUUGUAUUAAUGUGUUUUAUUGUAUUGAUUUAAUUUUAUUUAAAACUAUGAAGUAAUGAUCUGUUAUUUGUUUUACAUAUAGUAUCAGCUGAGGCGUGUUCAGCAGAGUGGGUGCCCGUGAGCGCUCGCAAAAGUUCCCUAUACCUAUAAUACAAAUUUUGGCGAGCACUCACGAACACCUGCUGAACCCGCCUUUGGAACCAGUGCUAACAAUCUGUGCACUAUACAGCAUGUGAUGGCAAGUGCUGAAAAUAAUGAAAUGUUUGCAAUUUUAUAUGUUUACAAAGACUUCAUGAUUUGCAAUAUAACCAAGAAAUUAUAGAUUAUCUGUUAUCUUAAUAUUACCUUUUAUUUGUAUCAUGUUUAAUGAUUCCUUUUAACAAAUUUGUGUUGGUUUUAUACAUAAUUAUGACAAUAAUCUUAGUGGAGAUGUAUUAUGUUUCCUCUCAUGUAUCAUAUAUUUUCAAUAUUUUUAUUCACUCCUUUCUAAAUACUCAAACUCUCAUGCAAUUUUCUGUAUGAACAGGGAAAUACAAGAUAUCAAGUUUGAAAUUGAUAAGGUGUUAAUCAAAAAUUCAAAAUGUUGCAAAAACCCAGGUGCUGCUUUAUUUUAACAGUGCAGGUUUAUAAAAAGUAUAAAGAACAAAUCUGUGACAGAUUCCUUAUACAUGUAUAGUUCUGCAGUGUGACUCAGGAUACUUGCUACUUCAGAAUACCUAUAGAUAUCUGUGGUUUUGUUUUCAUAGUGAAAAUUAUACAUAUUAUUCUGUCCAAGACCUUUUUAAUACACAUAUGUAUGCCAUAGAGACAGAAGUUUUCAUAGGUGAUGAGUGAUAUUUAUGAAAAUAAAAGAGCAUUUUGUUGAUAACUGUAAUAAACAUUAAACCUCAACGAAUAUAUCUUCUAUUUUAGUAAUUUGUUAUUCAUGUACCUGCAUGUACAUAUUUUAUCCAAGACUGCAUCUAUAGAAAUGCCUUUGUUGUUGUUUUAUUAUAAAUAUUUUUGUAUUCACUGUAUAUACUGUAUCAUAAUAUACUCAAUACUCAUAAUAAAAUUCUCAAACAUUGAA